UCCUGUUGACUACAAAUGCAUUGACAUUGAUGAAUGUGUCAACGCUACUCUAAAUAACUGUCAACAGGAAUGCAUCAACACGAAGGGUGGUUAUUAUUGUGAAUGUGUACCAGGGUACACAGCCAUUAAUUCCUCACAGUGUCAAGAUAUUGAUGAGUGUAGUGAAGGAACGAGUGGAUGUGAACAGAGUUGUAACAAUACUGAGGGCAAUUUCACAUGUAGCUGCGAGGAUGGAUUUUCACUAAAUGGAGAUGGAAAAUCCUGUCAAAGAGAUAAGGAGUCCCUGGGACCUUGUUUGGACAAAGGAUUAACUUGCGAAUAUGGAUGUAGGAAUACAUCAGAUCCACCAGUAUGCUUCUGUAAGAGUGGAUAUAAUCUUACCGAUGCUGAAAAUUGUACAAAUAUAAAUGAGUGUGAUCUUGGUUCUCAUGGAUGUGCUGGAGGGUGCACAGAUACCGAUGGUAGUUUUCAGUGCACUUGUGAUACAGGGUUUCAGCUAGGCCAUGAUCAAAAGUCAUGUCAAGUGUGUGAUUCCUCACAUUGGGGCAUUGCCUGUGCAAACCUCUGUGAGUGUGGUAGUCGAGCCAGAAAAUGCAAUUCCAGCAUAGGUUGUACUGACUGUGUACCAGGUUGGAGAGGAGAGAACUGCGAGGAAGAUAUAGAUGAAUGUGCUGACUCUACAAUAUGUGG